UUUUCCUCAUUGGUCGUCAAGGAUAAAUCUCUCCCUGCUUUCAUGCACACAGAGAGAGACAGAAACAUUAAAAUAGCAGAGAGAAAGAGUGAAGAGCGACAGUGACCGUGAGCUAUAUUGCAUGUGGCCGUGAUACUGAUACAAUCUUCGUCACUAUUGGCUACAGCCGGCAAGGUGCCUAUUUUCUUGUUUACCCAUUUGGCAUUUCUUUCUGAUUAGGAAGCUGAGCAAGCAUAUGAACUGAAGCUUUCAAAUUCAAUAGCUACUAUCACUCUUAAGCAAGGAUGCUUUCGGCAAAAUCCGAGUCUGAUAUCACCAGCUUAGCUCCAUCGUCACCUUCAAGGUCCCCCAAGCGCCCUGUAUACUAUGUACAGAGCCCUUCAAGGGACUCUCAUGAUGGAGACAAGUCCUCUUCUUUGCAGGCCACUCCAAUCUACAACAACAGCCCAAUGGAGUCCCCUUCUCACCCGUCUUUCGGGCGCCACUCGAGGAACUCCUCGGCCAGCCGGUUUUCCGGGAUUUUCCGGUCGUCCUCAGGGAGAAAAGGAGCCAGGAAGAGGAAUGACAAGGGGUGGCCCGAGUGUAAUGUGAUCAUGGAAGAAGGAGCUUACAAUGAACUCCAGGACAAGGCGUUUACAAGGCGGUUUCAGGCUUUGAUUGCCUUGUUUGGUUUUGUGCUCUUGUUCACUACGUUUUGCUUGAUUAUAUGGGGAGCUAGCCGGCCUUACAAGGCAGAGAUUACCAUGAAGAGCUUGGCAGUAAACAACUUAUAUGUUGGAGAGGGUUCAGACUCCACCGGGGUACCAACAAAGAUGCUGACAGUGAAUGGUUCAUUGAAGAUGAACAUAUACAAUCCUGCUACGUUGUUUGGCAUUCACGUUAGCUCCACCCCUGUCAAUCUCGUAUAUUCAGAGAUUACCGUUGCGACUGGUCAGCUGAAGAAAUAUUAUCAGCCAAGAAAAAGUCACAGAACUGUCUCGGUGAAUUUGGAAGGUGACAAGGUUCCUCUGUAUGGGGCUGGAUCAGGUAUAACAAUAUCCCCAAAUGGUGGCGUAGUCCCAUUGACCUUGACAUUUCAAAUCCGGUCUCGCGGGGAUGUGGUGGGUAAGCUAGUGAGAAUAAAGCACCGAAGGCAGAUCUCUUGCCCUUUGGUCAUCGACUCCACCAGCACCAAACCGAUCAAGUUCAAAAAGAACACGUGCACAUAUGAAUGGAGAUCAUGAUGCGCUUUCCAUUUGUAUUAUCUGAAAUUCGGCGCAAGCAGUGACACAUAGUCUGGUCUAUCUGCUCUCAAAUCUGUUGCCAUUUCAUGAUCCAAUCACAUGUACUGCGCGCUGUUUGAGCUCUACUGAGCCUUUGUGAUAUAUCGGUGGGGAAGAAGAAAUAUGUAUCAUGAGAAACUCUGAUGAUGGGUGUAUUAUUUGUGUUUACUCUUGUGAGGAUUAUGCAAAUAAACGUAUGUAUGCAUGUAUGUUUGUAUGAAUGCAUUCGCGUGUGGUAUAAUAUAUGAUUUUGAUGAA